CAAAGAAGACAAAGUGGAAUAGAAUAACCACAAAAGUCAAAAACACCGGUUUAUUUUCCUCCAAUUUAUCAUGUCGUUUUUUAAUCUAACUCAGCUUGGUGCGGAUGAUGCAGUAAAAUCUUCCGUGGCCGUUAAUUCGGUGCCACGCAGUACUGGACCUAGCAAUGAGAGACCGUCUGCUUGUUCUGCUGUUUCAUCCAGGUUUGGUGAGACAAUGCUGCCAAAUUCUGAAGCGAAUGGCUCACAUGAAAAAUACACGACAAUGUUACAAAAGCAUCAACGAUCUCCAAAUGGGCCAAAUGACAUUUAUAACAAACCAGUAACAACAAAUAUGAAAUAUGGAUGGUGGAUGAAGGAUGGAGUUGAAAAAGAAUCAUGGACUAAAACAGAAAGACAUUCAUGUGUGCACAGUGAAAUGACAAGAUUUGUUGAUGAGAUGACUCUAACAAACAGAGAAUUUACACUAUUUUAAACAUUGACACAAUUAUAUUAAGUUUACUUGUCAAGGUCAGGUG